GUAUUUAUAUGUAUUUCUCAGCUCUAAAUUGGCCACGCAACAUUGUUAGCUGGGUGUAAAGUCUUUAGCAUCAACAAAACUGUCUGCAUAAAUAAACAGCAACAUAGUUGUAUAUUUUGAAUAGGAGACUGCCGAUUACAGCGAUGAUAUGGGAGCAACCAAGUCGCUUAUCAACCCCAAUAAUUAAAUCACAACAUAUAAGUUAUGAUCGAAUCGGGCCGAGCUCAGUUCAGUUCAGUUCGCCCACUUGAAUAGGAGACUUAUCAGCUGCGGAGAGGGAGCAGCAAGAGUCGUCGAUUCGACUAUUUAACUCCAAUAUCAGUUUACCGCAGCCGCUUUCACAACGCGCUCUUAACUAUUCGAUGGAGGCGUUCGCCGAGCAGAGCAGAGGACCAACAGCGCUGGCGGCUACUGCCAGUGGCAGUACGUGCGUGGCAGCGGAAGAGAGCGGACCACACCGAACACAGAUACUUUGAAGGCACCCACGUAGCGGUGCAUCUGCGGACAUGGCCAUGGACUUUGAGGAAAUACUGGUCAAGUGCGGUGACUCCCAUCGCUACCAGUACAUGCUGUUGGCUCUCUACGGACUGUUGAUGUUCAUUGUGUCCCGGCACUACUUCGCCCAAAACGUCAUUGGGUUUGUGCCCGAUCACUGGUGCUAUCACGAACAGCUGGAGAAUCGUAGCUAUGCCGAAAUAGCUGCCAUAUACGCCCCAUUCAAGAGGCCUUCGUGCACGCGACUGGCAUCGAUCAACAUGGAUGGUAGCAAUGCCACGGCCAGCAGUGAGCCCUGCAAUCGAUGGAUUUACCACUAUGACCAUGGAUUCAUAAGCAUGAACGCUGAUCUGAAUUGGGUAUGUGAUGAUGCGUACAAGGCUCGAGUGGGUCAGUCCCUGUUCUUUGUGGGCUCCAUGUGUGGCACCCUGUUGUUUGGUCUACUUGGCGAUAGGAUCGGACGCAUCCGGGCUGUAGUUUUGGCCAAUUGGUGUGGCUUCCUGGGCGACUCGGCUACCAUUUUUGCGGAGACCCUGGUGACCUUCUCGGCCAGCCGAUUUGUAUCCGGACUGGCUGCAGAGGCAAACUCCUACCUCAUGUUUAUUCUGGUUUUGGAGUACGUAUCUCCGACGAUGCGAAGUGUGGGCUUGAACUUGACUAUGUGUAUUUUUUACUGUCUGGGCCUGAUAUGUGCGUCUUGGCAAGCCGUCUGGUUGGGUAGUUGGCGUUCCUUCAUGGUCUGGACCGCCCUGCCGCAGCUGUUGAUCACCGGGUUCUACUUUCUGAUUCAGGAGAGCGCCCAGUGGCUGGUCACGCGCCACGACUUCGAUGGAGCUGAAUUGAGGCUACGCCGUGUGGCCAAGUUCAAUCGGCGCGAUGUCAGCGAGGCGGACUAUGAGCUAUUCCGUCAGCAUUGCAAGACGAAGGAGUCGGAGGCCAGAAGCCAGAUGUCCAUGCAGAAGCAGGCACGUCUCAUUGACUCAUUCAAGCUGCCACGGCUGCGUCGCCGCCUGAUCUAUGUGACGGUCGUCUUUUCGAUAGUGACGCUUUGCUACAACACGAUGUCUCGCAAUGUGGAAGGUCUCAGCAUUUCGCCGUUCGUCAUGUUCAUUCUUUUCGCCCUGACCUUGCCUCCAUCAGGCAUCUUCCAGACCCAAGUCCAGAAGCACUUCGGUCGCAAGUUCACCUCGGUGGUCAGCAUGACAGCAACUGGAUUGAUGACUGCGACCACAGGCAUUCUCUUGACCUUUUGGACGCAGCACAGCGCCACGGUGAUGGUGUGCCUCCUGCUGAUGUGCCGGUUUGGGAUCUCCGUGACCACGGGAUCCACCAUGCAGAUAUCGACUGAGCUAAUGCCAACCUGUGUGAGAUCCAGUGGUUUGGCGGUGAUUCAUGUCACCGCAGCAGCCUUGUCCUUCAUCUCGCCCUUUAUACUCCACUUGGACACAUAUUUCCGGGCAGCAUCCUCGAUCAUUACCUGCAUUCUGCUCCUAGUUAGCGCCUGGAUUUGCCUGCUCCUGUCGGAGACGAGAAACAAAAAGCUGCCGUUGACAUUAGCGGAGGGCGAGGAGUUUGGCAAGGGCGAGCGGAUGUUCGACUUUAUGAGGGGCUUUAAAAAGGAAGAUCAACACGAUCUCAGCGCUGACACCAAUGAGAAACUAAUGGGGGAUAAGCGUACUUACUAAGUAGGUGCUUAAUAUACU